AAUCGUGAUUUAUGGGCUAAACGUCUUUUAGAAACAGAUCAUCAGCGUUGCAAAUAUUCAAGAACUGGGCGUUCUAUUUUUAUACGAGAAAGAUCAAGUUUUUUACAAAUUUUACCACAACAUUCAAUACUUUCAAGUGAAAUAGAUAAAAAUAAUGUUUACUUAUUACUUAAAAUACCGGAACUAAGUACUAGUAAUAAAGUUUUUGUUCCUUUAAUUCCAGGAUAUUGCGUAUUUACUAAAUUAGGAGAGAUGUAUUUUAAAUUAGCUUUAGAAUGGUUAGAUAACCAAAUUAUGUAUAGGUGGACUGAAUAUGCAAAUGAUUUAACUUUUACGAAUGCUCAAUAUUCAUUUAUAUCUCAUGAUGGUUUGACUAGUUUACGAUCAUAUAUUAGUAAUAGUUCUCGAAUUAAAUACUCUGGAACAUUUUCAGCACCAUUUUUAUUUGGAUUAACAUGUGCAGAAAAUGUUAAGUGGCUUCGAGGAUUUAUUUCUCAACGUAUUCCUACUUUAUUUCAAGCAGAAAGUGAUUUUUUUCAUGCUCAACUUCAACGUGAUAAAAUACUUCAGCAAGCAAAACGAAAAGCCAAUAAACUAGAAGAAGAUUUAUAUUUUAAUGAUCCUUAUGAUAAUGGAAUUAUCAAAAAUGAAUUACCUAUUAUAAAAAGUGGAUGGUCCGGAUCAAAUAAAAUAACACAAGCACUUGGUGUUAAAUUGAAAGAAUUACAAGAUGAUAAUCGUGAAACAAAACACCAAUUAAAAAAUAUGAAGAAACGGUUACGUCGAUCGUUAGAUACUAUUUGUCGAUUAAAAACUAGAUUGAAAACAGACAAUGAAGAAAGUAAUGAAAGUGAACUAAGUAAUAAUGAAUAUUCGAAUUCUGAAAAUCAAACUAUUAAAAAGCUAACUCUAAAAGGACGAUUAGGAUCUACAGUUUUUGUUAGUACAGACGUCUUUUUGGACUUAGUUUUGAAUCAACCAUGUCUUUCAUGUUCGGAUAUAGACCCUAAAAAUCAAAAAGCUCAAAUCAAAGUCGAUGGAUUACAGAUUCAUAUUAUGCUUACUUGUUCUUUAUGUUCAAGUGAAACGGAAUAUUGUAAUGAAAGAGAAGGUGAUAAUUUUUCAAAAAGUAUAGCUGGUGCUGGCUUACUUGGUGGAGUAAAUAGAGAAGAAGUACGAUCAAUAUUAGCUUUGUUAGGAGUUACAAAACAAAGUGGACAUCAACAAUACUUUAAUAAGCAAGCCGAAUUUUUUCAAAGUUUAUAUCAAAUUGCAGAUAAAAGUGCUGAAAACUUAUUAAUAUUAGUAUGUGAACAACUUCGAAAUAAUAAUCAAGAUAUAUUAGAGGUAUCAUUUGAUUGUGCUUGGAGUCAUGUACGUGAGGCUCUGCAAGCCAGUGGAGAGUUUAUUUUUAAUGGAGAAUUAGAAGAAUCAGAUCGGAAUUGGAAAAUUUUUGAACAACCAAUAAUGAGCUUUUAUACAAAAUGCAUUUAUGCAGCAUCUAGUAGAGCUAACAAUCCUGAAGUUUCAACCCCAACCGAUGAAGAAUUAGCAUGGAUGUAUACUGAAGGCUUAAUUUAUCAUUUGCAAGGAAAUCAUGAUAAGUGCUGGCCCAAAGUUUGUUGGAUUGUUGAAAAUCCGGAUUUAAGCUUACCAUCUCCAAAUUUAAUCGAAGAACUUACCAAUAGUAAAUUUGAACCAUCAUUCGCCUCACUAGUAUCUAUAUUCAAAUCAUCAUCUCUCAAAUGCGUGGCUUGUCAGUCUUUUCAAAAAAAAUUUGUAAAUGGACUAUGCACAUUAUGUGGUUUUUUAUUGAAACACGAUUUAUCUGAUCGUAUACCUAAUAUACAAUAUCAGCAACCAACCUCCACACCAAGUUUGGAACCUAAUAUAGUUGACAGCAUUAUUAUAGAAUUUUUCGAGUUUGAAGAAUAUUAUGAAAAACAACGAGAAAGUAUUUUAUCUUUUUUAUCGGGUCAUGAUACAUUAACUAUACUAAAAACGGGUGGUGGUAAAAGUUUAAUAUAUGCAGUUGCAAGUGUACUGUAUCGAGGAUUGACUGUAGUAUUUACUCCACAAAAGGCACUAAUGGAUGAUCAGGUGCGAGAAAUGGUAGGAAUGGGAAUACCUGCAGCAAUGCUAUAUGCUUCCUCAGAGCAACCACCCUUCGUACAAGAAAAGAUUUUUGCAGAGAUUGCAAGCGGAUUAAUUCGUGUGUUGUUUGUUACGCCAGAAAAGUAUACAGAAAACUCAAAAUUUCGUAUUAUGUUACAAAAUGUUUACAAUACUCGAGAAAGAUCAAAUAUGGAAAUAAUUAGAACUUCAACUAUUCAACGCCCUGAAAUUAUAUUAGAGGUUAGACCCAAACCAGCCGCUAAAGAUAAACUUUAUCAGACUAUAUUUAGUCUACUAGAUAAUCUUGAGGAACGUGCUAUCAUUUAUGGGGCCACAGUUAAAGAAUGUGAUGAUAUGACGAAGGCUCUUUGUAAAAAUUUUGAUCCUACAAUUGUUGGAAUGUAUCACGGAAAACGAGCAAGUGCUGAACAAACUGCCGUAUCUGCAGGAUGGAAAAAUAAAACUAUUAAAAUUAUGUCUGCAACUACUGCGUUUGGUAUGGGUAUCAAUGUUGAUGAUGUUACCUUAGUCAUCCAUACAACCUUACCCAUGUCGCAUGAACAAUAUAUUCAGGAGAUUGGUCGAGCAGGUCGUAUUGGUCAAGAAUCUAGAGCAAUAUUAUUUUAUUCACGAAGUGAUAUCCGUACACUAUUGUCAAUCUUGAAUGGAGGACAAGAAAGUCUGCCCACUAGCUCUAUUGAAUUACAAGACCAGUUUACAACUAUUAACACAAUGGAAGAAAAAAAGACAAAAAUAAUGGCUAUGAUGUUAUAUGCAGAUGCAAUCUAUGAAUGUCGUCAACAACUCGCAUAUUCUCCUUUUUUAUGGCCAAAUGAUACUCAAAUUCCCGCAUGUCAUAUUUGUGACAAUUGCAAAGAACGUGAAAAAGAUGCACCUGAUAUAUGUGAUGUUAUAGUGGAGGCACUUCGGCUUGUUAAAAUCGUAAAAGAAUUGCUGCAGCAUGCAAUUAUUCGAAGCAACAAUAUGCACUAUGUUACUCGUGAAGAUGUGGUGGAUGUGUUUUAUAGAAGCAAGAAUAAUAAUGUAACCAAAAAGAAUCUCAUGCACAUUUCAGAAUAUUCCGGAUAUGUUCGAACAAGAUUGCAUCCAAAAAAAAUGUGUUUUUACUUGCUGGAUUCUUUAAUUCAAAAAAAAGUUAUAACUCAAGUUAUUGAUCUUCAAAGAAUCCGUCCCAAAUCAUCAAUCUUAACUUGCACCUAUAAAAUCAUAGGAGUUUGUGAAAAUGCAGAAAGCAUUGUUUCGUCAGAAGUUUGGCAGCUCUAUUUGAAAUGA